AUGAUUGGUAACAACAGCAUUGAACGGUUGUUGCUGCUGGGUGUCGCUUUCCACCUCUUGUGCAUCGUGAGCCUCUUUGACAUCUACUUCCAGUCCCCCGUGGCGUCAAACAUCCCCAGCACCGACUACACAGCGACUCCACCAGCCAAGCGCGUGAUCAUUUUUACACUCGAUGGCUGUCGCGUCGACAAGCUCUAUCAGGUGGUAGCAGGCGAGGCAGCGCGCUACGACCUCCACGUCAAUGGUACUACUGCGACUGCGACUGGACGUAGCGAGGCCGAAGACCAACGUGCACCUUUUCUCGGCCAAGUGAUGCGUCGUCGGGGCAGUUGGGGUGUCUCCCAUAAUCACGUGCCAACGGAAAGUCGACCGUGUCAUGUGGCGUUGACCGCAGGAAUGUACGAAGACCCUCAUGCAGUCACGACGCAGUGGACGUAUCACCCCGAACCAUUUGACUCGGUGUUCAACCAGAGCAGCACGUCGUUUAUCUAUGGCAACCGAGAUGUGGUGCCCAUGCUGGCACAGUAUGCACCUCAGGCUACGGAAGAGCAUUAUACAGCAAGCGAAGAGAUGGACAUGGUACGAACCAAUGCGUCGCUGAUGGACGAGUGGGUGUUUACCAAGGUGAAAGCGUUGUUUGCUCGAGGCGCGAAAGCAAAGGACGUGUACAAUCAAUUGCAUGGAGACAAGCUCGUGCUCUACUGCCAUUUCCUGAGCACGGACGUCGUCGGACCGAUCGACGGGGCAGGCUCGACCAAGUACUUGCAGAGCAUUGCAGUCGUAGACAGAUUGAUUGAGGACAUCCAGCAGCUGGUUGAGGACUAUUACGGACACGAUGGACGCACGGCGUAUCUGGUUACCGGAGACCAUGGCAUGGAUCUUCUUGGUGACCACGGAGAUGGUGAUCCAGCAAAGACGCGGACAGUACUGAUUGCGUGGGGGGCUGGCGUUCAAGGACCUGAGGUGACCAGCUCUUCCACGAGAUCAGCAUUUGAUAUUGAGCUUCCGUCACAAUCUCGGGCUGAGCUGCUCGUCCGUCUGGCGUCCCAAGUGGCAGAAGAACAAGCAGCUGCACGCGAAUGGAAGACGGUGCUUGAUCUUAAACGUAAGGACGUGAUGCAGGUCGAUGUGGCAGCUCUCGUGAGUGCAUUGGCCGGACUCCCGUAUCCUCGCAACUCGGUCGGUGUGCUACCGUUUACGUACCUGAAGAAAGACAAGUACCGUGCCAUUGCCAUGGGUGCGAAUGCCCAGCAAUUGUACAACCAUGCACUGCGCAAGGAAGAGAUAAGACGUGCUCACCGAGGGCUAUUGUUUCUUCCAUAUGCACCGCUACACCAGCGCGUGCCAGAGCUGAAGACUCAGAUUGACGAGGCCAUUGGAAACAUGACCAAAGCGACAAGUGACGCAAACGAUGACGCCGCACAUCUCGUCGUAGAGAUGAUGAGCCAAGAGAUGAUUGACGUUUGCCAGAGAGCGAUUUCGUACUACCAGACGUACGACUGGAUGUUUCUGCGCGGAUCGAUCGUGUUCGGGUAUAUUGGUUGGGUUGCAGUCAUGAUGGUUGGCUACCUCGACCCCAGUGCUUUUCGAGUCCGGUGGUUGUUUACCCGCACGGUCAGUGUCAAGUUUAUUGCGCUAGUGGCAGCGGUGAUGUGGUGGCGAUAUCUCGCCGAUUCGCCGCUUACUUAUUAUCUCUACGGCUUGUGUCCGCUGUUGUUCUGGAAGUUUAUUUGGAGCCACCGUGAUGGACUUCAAGCAGUAUUCUCCACUGGAUGGAAGAGGUCACGGUACCGUUGCAUUCUACGCACCGCUACACUUUGUGUGUUUCUAGAGCUCGUCGUUCUUGGCUACAAACGUCGUGACAUGUUCACUUUGCUGCUCGUUCUGCUGGCGUUUUGGCCGAGGGUCGGGAGUGACAAAGUGCUGGAGAAGAGCAGAAGCGUCGAGUCGAAAACGCGCUUACGUGGGCACAACUUCAUAUCGCCAAGCUCCUGUUGGUCAGCAAGUUGUCUUGUCCUCGCAAUAUUUCCCCGCUUGUCGAGUGGAUACAAAGAGAGCACGGCACUAGUCCACAUCGGCACAUUGUUGAUGCUGGCGCUCGCUUGUAUGGUCGAGUGGUGCGCUGCAACAGUUUCUGGGUCAAGAUCUUGGUGGAAAACGGUGCUUCCAGUACUUGCACGGUUUCCUCUCGUCCUGCUGGCACUUCUGGCGUUGCAGUGGACCACAAGUCUCUUGGAUUGCAACGACAUGCCACCACGUGUCCUCGUGAUGGCCAACUGGGCGUUCCUUAUAGCGCCACCAAUCUUGAUGCUCAUUGAAGCCAACUGCCGCAGCAAAUCGGCAGUGUUUCGACUGGGGGAUGGAAAAGACCUGGAAAGUCAACAGUUUGGUGGAGACGUCGUACGUGUGAUGGUCGUCCGGUGUAUGAGAGUGAUGCUGGCGCUUACGCCUGCGUUCGCAUUGCUCAGCACAGCGCACGAGAUGCUGUUCUACCUGGCGCUAUGCAGUGCACUCUUGAGCUGGAUCCUGAUUGAAGCAGAGGAGACGCGUGUCACUGACGUGUCUCUAGCUCGUGAAGUACAGCGCGCAGUGAUGCUUUUGCUGUUUGCGCAAGUCGCAUUCUUUGGUACGAACAGCGUAGCCAGCAUCACAUCGUUCACGCUAUCAUCGACUCGGCGCUUUGUGGCCGGAUCUGGCUCGUCCGUUGCGCAGGCCCUCGUUGGACUAAAGCUUCUGAUCCCUUACGUCGUUGUCGGAUGCGCUUUUCGUCUCACGUUACUGCUCCCAUCCGGUGCAGCAGCAAUCUCAACACGAGAACAGAAGGAGGUGCGGGAAAAGUCUCGUGGCGUGUCACGGCAUUACCUCGUUGCCGUGUCUUGUGCAGACGUUGUGGCCGUGCAGUCCCUCUUUCUCGUGACCAAUGAAGGGAGCUGGAAGCAAAUGGGGAACUCCAUUGCCGACUUUUGCAUUAUCAAUGCCCAGCUCGUUCUUCUGCCGACGGUGCUGUUUCUCGCUUGGCUGUUCGUUCGCGACCUCGAGUCGAUUGGCAGCGGACACGAUGCAGUCGGGAACGACGACGUCGGAAAGGCCGACUAG